AGCAGCGUAGGCGCGGGGGUCAUCAACCAGCGCGAACCGGGACAUGGAGCCCCCCGGCGGGGGCCUAGGGCCCGGCCGUGGGACCCGGGAGAAGAAGAAGGGCCGGAGCCCGGACGAGCUGCCAGCGGCGGGCGGCGACGGCGGCAAAUCCAAGAAAUUUCUGGAGAGAUUUACCAGCAUGAGAAUUAAGAAAGAAAAGGAAAAGCCCAAUUCUGCUCAUAGAAAUUCUUCUGCAUCGUAUGGGGACGAUCCCACAGCACAGUCAUUGCAAGAUGUUUCUGAUGAGCAGGUGCUAGUUCUCUUUGAACAAAUGCUGCUGGAUAUGAACCUGAAUGAGGAGAAACAGCAACCUUUGAGGGAGAAGGACAUUAUCAUUAAAAGGGAGAUGGUGUCCCAAUACUUGCACACCUCCAAGGCUGGCAUGAGCCAAAAGGAGAGCUCUAGGUCUGCCAUGAUGUACAUUCAGGAACUAAGGUCAGGCUUGCGGGAUAUGCCUCUGCUCAGCUGCUUGGAGUCCCUUCGUGUCUCUCUCAACAACAACCCUGUCAGUUGGGUACAAACAUUUGGUGCUGAGGGCCUGACCUCCUUACUGGACAUCCUUAAACGACUCCAUGAUGAGAAAGAAGAGACUGCUGGAAGCUAUGAUAGCCGUAACAAGCAUGAAAUCAUUCGCUGCUUGAAAGCUUUCAUGAACAACAAGUUUGGAAUCAAGACGAUGCUGGAGACAGAAGAGGGAAUCCUGCUGCUGGUCAGAGCCAUGGAUCCUGCUGUCCCCAACAUGAUGAUUGAUGCAGCUAAGCUGUUAUCUGCUCUUUGUAUCCUACCACAGCCAGAGGACAUGAAUGAAAGGGUUUUGGAGGCAAUGACAGAAAGAGCUGAGAUGGAUGAGGUGGAACGUUUCCAGCCCCUGCUGGAGGGAUUAAAAAGUGGGACCUCCAUUGCACUCAAGGUCGGAUGUCUACAGCUGAUCAAUGCCCUCAUCACACCAGCUGAAGAACUUGACUUCCGAGUUCACAUCCGAAGUGAACUGAUGCGCUUGGGUCUGCAUCAGGUGUUGCAGGACCUUCGAGAGAUUGACAAUGAGGAUAUGAGAGUGCAGUUAACUGUGUUUGAUGAACAAGGGGAAGAAGAUUCCUAUGAUCUGAAGGGAAGGCUGGAAGACAUUCGCAUGGAGAUGGAUGACUUCAGUGAAGUAUUCCAGAUCCUCUUAAACACAGUGAAGGAUUCAAAGGCAGAGACACACUUCCUGUCCAUCCUGCAGCACUUGCUUUUGGUCCGAAAUGACUAUGAGGCCCGACCACAGUACUAUAAGUUGAUUGAAGAAUGUAUUUCCCAGAUAGUUCUGCACAAGAAUGGGGCUGAUCCUGACUUCAAGUGCCGGCACCUCCAGAUUGAUAUUGAGGGGUUGAUUGAUCAAAUGAUUGAUAAAACAAAAGUGGAAAAAUCUGAAGCCAAAGCUACAGAGCUGGAAAAAAAGCUGGACUCAGAGUUAACAGCCCGACAUGAGCUACAGGUGGAAAUGAAAAAGAUGGAAAGUGACUUUGAGCAGAAGCUCCAGACCCUUCGAGGAGAAAAGGAAGCAUUGGAUUCCGAAAAGCAACACAUUGCCACAGAGAAACAGGACCUGGAAGCAGAGGUGUCUCAGCUUGCAGGAGAGGUUGCUAAGCUGUCAAAGGAACUGGAAGAUGCCAAAAAAGAAAUGGCUUCUCUGUCAGCUGCAGCUGUUACUGUAGUUCCUCCAGUACCCAGCAGUGCUAGUAUUCCCCCUGCCCCUCCUUUACCUGGUGACUCUGGCACUGUUAUCCCACCCCCUCCCUUGCCUGGGAGUGCUAGCGUCCCCCCACCCCCUCCCUUGCCUGGGAGUGCUAGCGUCCCCCCACCCCCUCCCUUGCCUGGGAGUGCUAGCGUCCCCCCACCCCCUCCCUUGCCUGGGAGUGCUAGCGUCCCCCCACCCCCUCCCUUGCCUGGGAGUGCUAGCGUCCCCCCAACCCCUCCCUUGCCUGGGAGUGCUAGUGUCCCCCCACCCCCUCCCUUGCCUGGGAGUGCUAGCAUUCCCCCCCCACCGCCUCCCUUGCCUGGGGUUGUGGGCAUCCCCCCACCCCCUCCUUUGCCUGGAAGUACUGGCAUCCCCCCACCUCCUCCUCCCUUGCCUGGAGAACCAGGAAUGCCCCCUCCUCCUCCUCUUCCCGGUGGUCCUGGAAUCCCUCCACCCCCUCCUUUUCCUGGAGGCCCUGGUGUUCCCCCACCUCCACCUGGAAUGGGUAUGCCUCCACCUCCACCCUUUGGAUUUGGAGUUCCUGCAGCCCCAGUUCUGCCAUUUGGAUUAACCCCAAAGAAGCUUUAUAAGCCAGAAGUGCAGCUCCGAAGGCCAAACUGGUCCAAGUUCGUUGCUGAGGACCUCUCCCAGGAAUGCUUCUGGACAAAGGUGAAGGAGGACCGUUUUGAGAACAAUGAACUUUUCGCCAAACUCACCCUUACCUUCUCUGCCCAGACCAAGACCAAGAAGGAUCAGGAAGGUGGAGAAGAAAAGAAAUCUGUGCAGAAGAAAAAAAUAAAAGAGUUGAAGGUGUUGGAUUCAAAGACGGCCCAGAAUCUCUCAAUCUUUUUGGGUUCCUUCCGAAUGCCCUAUCAAGAGAUUAAGACGGUCAUCCUGGAGGUGAAUGAGGCUGUUCUGACUGAGUCUAUGAUCCAGAACCUCAUUAAGCAGAUGCCAGAGCCAGAGCAGUUAAAAAUGCUUUCUGAACUGAAGGAUGAAUAUGAUGAUCUGGCUGAGUCAGAGCAGUUUGGCGUGGUGAUGGGCACUGUGCCCCGGCUGCGGCCUCGACUGAAUGCCAUCCUCUUCAAGCUACAAUUCAGUGAGCAAGUAGAAAAUAUCAAGCCAGAGAUAGUUUCUGUGACUGCUGCAUGUGAGGAGUUACGAAAAAGCGAGAGCUUCUCUAGCCUCCUGGAGAUUACCUUGCUUGUUGGAAACUAUAUGAAUGCUGGCUCUAGGAAUGCCGGCGCCUUUGGCUUCAAUAUCAGCUUCCUCUGUAAGCUUCGAGACACCAAGUCCACAGAUCAGAAGAUGACGUUGUUGCACUUCUUGGCUGAAUUGUGUGAGAAUGACUAUCCUGAUGUCCUCAAGUUUCCAGAUGAACUUGCCCACGUGGAGAAGGCCAGCCGAGUUUCUGCUGAGAACUUACAAAAGAACCUAGAUCAAAUGAGGAAACAAAUUUCCGAUGUGGAACGUGAUGUUCAGAAUUUCCCAGCUGCCACAGAUGAGAAGGACAAGUUUGUUGAAAAAAUGACUAGCUUUGUGAAGGAUGCACAGGAGCAGUAUGAGAAGCUGCGGAUGAUGCAUUCAAACAUGGAGACCCUCUAUAAGGAGCUGGGCGAGUACUUCCUCUUUGACCCCAAGAAAGUGUCUGUGGAAGAAUUCUUCAUGGACCUGCACAACUUUAGGAAUAUGUUCUUGCAAGCAGUCAAGGAGAACCAGAAGCGGCGGGAGACAGAGGAAAAGAUGCGGCGAGCAAAACUAGCCAAGGAGAAGGCAGAGAAGGAGCGGCUGGAGAAGCAGCAGAAGAGAGAGCAACUCAUAGACAUGAAUGCAGAGGGUGAUGAGACAGGUGUGAUGGACAGCCUCCUAGAAGCCCUGCAGUCAGGCGCAGCAUUCCGUCGAAAGAGAGGACCCCGUCAGGCCAACAGGAAGGCUGGGUGUGCAGUCACAUCUCUGCUAGCCUCGGAGCUGACCAAGGAUGAUGCCAUGACUUCUGUUCCUGCCAAGGUGCCCAGGAAGAGUGAGGGAGUCUCCACAAUCCUGGAGGAAACCAAGGAGUUGGUUGGCCGUGCAAGCUAAGCUGGGUCCUGUGGCCGCAGCAGCUCCUCAGCAGAAGCCCAGACUGUCUUGCCCUGCAGCAUGUGCCUAAAGGGUCAAGGGGACCUUGCUCUGGGGUGGCUACUCUCACCACUCUGACCCUGUCUUUAUUUCUGGCCUGCUGCUCUCUGUACAUCAUAUACAGCUUCAGCUGCCCAGAGGCCAGGAGAAAAGGGCAGUGUAGGGGAGGUUUGAGUCCAACCCAGCCAGCCCUGGCUGUCAUAUUACCAAAGCAGGGUCCAUGUUUGCUGCCUUAACCCUAACUUUCUCUGUUACUCUGCGGCCUUACCUCAGACAAGGCCCAGCCUGCUUCCUCAGCCCCUGACUUCCCAGUGGGCUUUCCCUAGGUCAAUCUUGCUGGAUUUUUGCUUUUCUUUUGCGGUUUCUCUGACCCUAAGAACAGCAUGGGGCUUGUGAACCUUUGGGCUAUGUCCCUAUUUUCAUUGCUGUCACCUCUGCUCUUUCUCUUCCCUUUCCUGGCUAUUGUUAUUUAUUACUAGUAGUGUGACAUUGGGAGGUGCUUUUAAGGAAGGGAGAGCAAAUCCCACUCUUACGCCACCUUCCUGGGAAAGGCCUCCCAAAACAAAAAGGAUCUGGACCACUUUUCCUGUUUAGUUGGAGCCCAGGCCAGAGCCUGUACGCAGGCAGGCAGGGCCCAGAGACAGUGUGGGACCUGCCCCCAGCCUGCGACCUUGCUUUUGCUUUAUGCCCUGCCUCUCUGGACCCUCUGCACCAGCCCCCUGGCUACUGAGCCAAGACCCUUCCUCACCCUUUCCCCAACACUUUGGUGUGUUUCAUCUGGAGUAUGGGCUGUAUUGUGACUGUCCCAACACCUCACCCUCUGUGUCUCCAAGGAAAUGGGAGGUGGAGCCUCCUGGCUGAGAAAUUGUUUUGCAAAUGGAUCUAUUUUUAUAUGAGAUUUUUUUUUUUUUUUUUAAAGAAAAAUAUCUCUUCCUUUCUCCCCUCCAUAUAAUGUAAGAGGCUUGGAUGGCAGGUUCCAGAGAGUUCCUGAGGUUUCUCCCCACAGGUCUCAAUCCUGAACAAGGCCCUGGACCUCCACCUCAGCCCUCAAGCCUUUUGAACCCUUAAGGCCAAGGUAGAUUCUCUCUCCCAGCAUCAUUUCUGGGGUAGGAAGACCUGGUUGACUAGGCCAGGCCUAGGAGUAGCAUGAGCUCUAAGACCACAGAGCUUGUAUAAAUUUAAUAUGCUUAUCAAGCCAAAUGUGCAAAUGCUAACUGGACACUCUGGGGAAGUGGGCACAGGGAGUGCCUCCACACAUUGUACUCCCACUCCCUCUGAACAGUGGCCAGGCCGAACUAUUCGGUGCCCCCAGCCACAGGAAGCUGAGCUUUUCUGGCUCAGGGUGAUACUUUUGCUCUCCUUGUGCCCCUUUCAGCUUCCCACCCCCAGAUAGGUGAGAGAGAAUGGCAGUGUUAGGGCUUGGCCCAGAACUGUAAUUGUUAGAGCAAAGGGAAGCCCAGGAGCCUUACGGGUGACUACAGGGAGGCCUUGGGGGCCAGGAAAAAGGGUUCUGGUUGCUAGGCCAAUCCAGCAUGCUUGAGUCUGUGUAUGAAUGGGCUACAGCAGCUCCUUGGAGCUAUUCCCGGGAAGACUGUGGUACAGGGGGCCUGUUGGUCCCCUCCUUCUCCCUUCUCGCUGACAUCUGGGGCUUUGACCCUUUCUUUUUUAAUCUACUUUUGCUAAGAUUCAUUGAUUAAAAAUAAAAAAUAAAUUUUUUAAAAAGGACAAAAUGCACACCUAUUUCCUGUGCCUCUUGGGCUUCUGGGAUGUCAUCACCUCCAGUUUGUUGGGUUUGUUUCCAACUGUUAAUAAAGCAUUGAAACAGUA